AUGGUAUCUGCAGUGAUCACGUUCUGCUGUUUGCUAUUUUUGGCCACAGAGUGCUGCCACCAGAGACCAAAGCUCCAUCUGAAAGUUGGUGACAUAACUCAAGGUCUGAAAGAAAAAUCAAAGACCAGGGGCUUCCAAGGGCAGUGCCAAGGCAUCUGUAUGAAUGGCUCCGGCUGCAAACAGUCCUGUGAGAAGCCUUUCCGUGGAGAAAUAGGAUUCACAUGUAAUAACAAAAGGUGGCAAAAAUCCAUUGAGACAUGCACAAGUCUUACCGUCCAAACGCUUUUUCAGGUGAUGGAGACCAGUGGAGUUUCAGUAUAUGAACCGAGCUUAGCUGGUGGCUCACGGUUUUCUUCAACUAUGUUACUAAAUCCAGCUAAUGAAGAGCUCAUUGAAUCAGCAGCUCAAGGCAUCCGGAAGAAGUGUCCAGAUGAUUAUGCCUGUAUAAUCAAUGGUGUGAAGUCUUCAGAACCUACAUCUGGAAAUAUUGCCUUCGUAGUUCAGUUGCUGAAAAACAUAUCCAUGCAACUGUCUGCAAAUGUCAACCGGAGGAAGAUGCAGAGUUUCAGCACAAUGGCUAACCAUGUCCUGGACAGAUCAGUCAUCUCCAAUUGGGCCUUCAUUCCUGAGAGGAGCACUAGUUCUGUUUUGUUACAGUCAGUGAAUUCAUUUGCCAAGAAUCUCACCAUCGGUGAUGAGCCUGAGAAUAUUGCAGAUGAGCCCUUCCUUCAGACCAAAGCCUUUAGAGUCAGCCACAAUACCCAAGGGAAGAGUUUUAAUUUCUCUAUGAGGGUGACUGAUGGUCAGGAGGAUGUCCAAGGGGUAGUGUUCAUCCCCUGGAAAGAGCUACAGAAGCUCCCAGCUCCUUCUCAGGCCAUUAGCAUUGCUUUCUCAACCCUGGGAGAAAUUUUAGAAGAAGCUCAUUUGCAGAAUGAGAGUUUUCCCAGACAGGUGAAUGGGCUGGUUCUCUCAGUGAUCCUGCCAGAAAACCUGAAGCAAGUCUUACUCACUUUUGAGAAGAUCAAUAAAUCCAACAAUGCCAAAGCUCAAUGUGUAGGCUGGCACUCCCGGAAUAGGAGGUGGGUCAAGGAGGCCUGUGAAACAACAGUGGAUGUUAUGGACAAAGCCAUGUGCCGCUGCAACUACACCAAUUUCCUGAUGUCCUUCUCCAUUCUAAUGUCUCCUAAGACCUUAGCCAAUAAAACCCUGGAUUACAUUACCUGCAUUGGCCUCAGCAUCUCCAUCUUAAGCCUUAUUCUGUGCCUGAUCAUUGAAAUCACAGUGUGGUCCCAGGUGACAGUGACAGAGAUCUCAUACAUGCGCCAUGUGUGCAUUGUAAACAUAGCCACAUCACUGCUGAUUGCCAAUGUGUGGUUCAUCAUUGCGUCCUUCUUUGAUGGCACGGCACGAAGUUACAACUGGUGUGUAGCAGUGACAUUUUUUAGUCACUACUUCUACCUUUCUCUGUUCUUCUGGAUGCUGAUCAAAGCCCUCCUCAUCCUCUAUGGAAUACUGAUUGUGUUCCGCCGGAUGAUGAAGUCUGCUAUGAUGGCCACAGCCUUUUCGGUUGGCUAUGGGUGCCCUCUGGUCAUUGCUGCCAUUACGGUUGCUGUCACAGAACCAAGAAAAGCUUAUGUGCGGCCCCAGGCCUGCUGGCUCAACUGGGACAACUCCAAAGCUCUUCUCGCCUUUGUCAUCCCAGCACUGACCAUUGUGGCAGUAAAUCUCAUUGUGGUUUUUGUUGUGGCUGUCAACACUCGAAGGCCUUCUAUUGGAAGUUCCAAGUCUCAGGAUAUGGUGACCAUUAUGAGGAUCAGUAAGAAUGUUGCUAUCCUCACCCCAUUGCUGGGACUGACUUGGGGUUUCGGAAUAGCCACCCUAAUAGACGGCAGCUCCUUAUUGUUGCACAUUAUCUUCGCCUUACUCAAUGCUUUCCAGGGGUUCUUCAUCUUACUGUUUGGAACCAUUCUGGAUCAAAAGACAAGAGAAGCCUUGAAAGUGAGGAUGUCUUCCCUGAAGGGGACAUCAAGGACAGAAGAGAAUUCAACAUAUAAUCCUAACAAUGGAUCUAAAUUAGUGGCUCGUUCACGAUGAGAAAUUUGCUUCCAGGGAAGAAGUGUUUGGAAAGAAGAUUGAAGAGAAACUGGGGC